AUGAAACUUUUCAACAAAAACGAUAAGAAAUAUGAGUUGAUACUUUAUUUCUGGAACACAUCGCAAUUAUUCCGUCAGUCGGUGUCAGGAAACCGUACCAACCCUUGCUGUCUGGGUUCACUUGACAUUCCAUUUGGAGAGUCACCCAAGCGAAGCAAUCAAAGGUGGCCACCAUCUAUAGAGGGUAUCGAAAUUCCAGUACCACUGUAUGGGACAUCCAUAACCCUUGACGGAGCAGCAUACGACACGAGGUGGUUGUCACGUAAUAAAGGAACUGUUAACAGAAAGGAUUUUAAUAUUACACUAUCUGGUUUUACUUUGGCUCGAGUUAGAAAAAGAACGCAUCACUUGAAGAGUCCCGCAAACAAACCGAUGAAAGCUGGCCUGAAUCUAUCGAGGGUAACAACACUCAAGGACCAUUGUCUUCGUCAUACAGCACAUUUGAUAGAUCAGCAAACGACACGAACUGAAAAUGUAUCUAACGUCGAUUUUUGCAUCGAUUUGCAUUAUGGUGAGCUUCCAAGAGAUCACUGCAUACGCCAUCUGGAAAAUUGUUGAACCUGAAAAACCCAUCACCAAUGAGAAAAUGUACACAGAAUAUCCGUAUCUUCGCGAGUUGGAUAUGAGUCAUCAAACGACAUU